UCGGCCGUAGGGGGAACUGAGUCACGUGGGAUCCACGUGCCUCAGGCAUGACGGGUCUUCUACACAGUAAAGCAACUUUGGCGUCAUAUGGUGACCUAAUAUAUUGUGUAUCCUCUUUUAGAAUCGCAAGAUUUGUCCUUUCGAUUCGAAUGUUGUCAUGCUUGUUAUUCGGAGAAAUCCGUGUUACAGUAUCGUAAAAUCAUGAAGGUCUGUUUGGCAGCAAUCCAUGGUUCAGAUCGGUUCCUUCUGAACCACCGGACAUCAUAGACCGUCCUCGUCAUCGCACACUAUUUCAAUGUUUAUUUACUAGCACAAAGCCUGCGGUGUUCAGACAUAUAACCAAGACUUAAUACUCCUGCUCUCAAUGUUCCCGUCAUUCAUCGGCUGGAAUCUAUUCACAUCUGGCGAGUUCGUCACCUACAGAAACAAAGCACCCCCAUUCGGGGCGCAGAACAUCCAUAACACUGCUAUUCGUUGAUUGAUGGUCAUUUUUCCAGUUUUAUCCCUACAACUAUGUCUAGAAAGGUCAUUUUUCUCAUGGGAGCCCCCACGAUACGAAGCCUCCAGUGGAACGAAGAUGAGCUUCUCACGGCGCCCAUCCCUCCAUUUCAUAGUUCGGAUACUCACAGUGGAGACGAUUGGCCUUUCAUAGAUCCUGAUCCUGUAAAAUGGAGGUUAUUACAGGAUGAAAGAUCUCCGGCGGCACUUGGCGAAAACCUGGGAUUAGGUAUAGAUAGAGGCGCUCGCUUCUUUACGACUCAAGAUCUUGUAACGCCUAGGGGCUUAUCAACUGCCGCAAAUGAUUCAACUCUCACCCAGUUUUACGACCAUUCUUUCACCGUUCAUGAAACGUCUGAGAUUACUACCCCGGGCGUCCAUCUCGGGGAUUCCAUGAAAGAAAGUGACGUAUGGGCCGACAGCACAGGGACUUCUAUCGCAACAGAAGAAUCCCUUGGGUUGGAGUUGCCCAUCCAAGGAGGUAUUACAGAUCUUCAAAACGUUCCGGGCGCUGCGUUCUUGACAUCCAUCGUGCCACAAACUAUGACGGUGAAUCUCAUCGUCGGAAUUGUUACAAUUCGACCACCGCGUCGCAUUGUAACGCGGCGAUGGAAGAACGAACUAGACCUUAUCGAAAUGGUUGUGGGAGAUGACACAAGAAGCGGGUUCGGAGUUACGUUUUGGCUUCCCCGCAUGGAACAAAGGAUCGGCCCAGAUCAUCAUGAUGAGAGCCAUGAGCUUCGCCAAAUGCUGGAGACUUUGCGGCCGCGAGACAUUGUGUUGUUGCGCAUGGUAGGAUUGAGCACCUUCCGGGAACGGGUUUACGGGCAGAGUCUCAGGAAAGGGACCACCAAAAUCGAUCUACUCCAUCGACAGCGGGUCGACGUAACAGAUGCGGGUGGUAUGUACAGUGCAAAGAGUCUCAUGAACCAUGAUACGACAGCCAAGAAUGAUGAACUACUGCGGGUGAAAGCAAGAAAGGUGCGCGAGUGGAUCAGACGUUUCGUGAGCACCACGACGGAUUCAGCAGGCGGUGACGCAAGGAAGCCCACGAAACGUGGACCGACUUUACCUCCAGAUACGCAAGAGGAUUCGUUGAGGUUAUAAUUAGAAACAACUCUGUAGAAAGAGGUUAUGUAUGUAUUUAACAUACCUGAAGGGACGGAAUCCCGACUCCGAAUACCCCGUAGUACAUACUACU